UUAACCCUCUUGCUGCCAAAGGGACAUUUAUGGCUUCUACACACAAAUCUUGUUGAUUGUGUAGAACGUCAAAGGUCCAUGGUAACGUCACAAUACUGAGGGGCACUGACAACGUCAAAAGACGGCGCCAAAAGGACGAUUUUGGCGGGAAUGAAGCAAACUGAAUAAAAUGCAUUAUUUGUAUACUUAAAACGGAUGUCAAAAAAUGAUACAGGAUCAUAAGCUUGUUUACUCAAGACUAUAUAAGAGAUAUAUAAUGGCUAGCACCAAACAACCUAUUACUCUUGUCACUGGAAAUAAGAAAAAGCUUGAAGAAUUUGUUGCUAUCUUAGGAAAAGAUUUUCCUUACGAGGUGAUUAGUAAUGAUGUAGAUCUACCAGAAUACCAGGGAGAGCCUGAUGAGGUAGCCAGAUCUAAGUGUGAAUUGGCAAGAUCACAAAUCAAAGGUCCAGUGAUUAUUGAAGAUACUUGUUUAUGUUUCAAUGCUCUAGGUGGAAUGCCAGGUCCCUAUAUAAAAUGGUUUUUAGCAAAGAUAGGUCCAGAAGGUUUACAUAAGAUGUUAUAUGGAUUUGAAGAUAAAACAGCAUAUGCCUUAUGUACAUUAGCUUAUCAUCCUGGGGUUGAAGGAUCAGAGGUUAUCUUAUUUAGAGGUCAGACAGAUGGUCAAAUUGUAUCACCUGAGGGACCAAGAGACUUUGGCUGGGAUCCAUGUUUCCAACCCGAUAAGUUUACACAGACCUAUGCAGAAAUGCCAAAGGAUGUAAAAAAUACAAUAUCUCAUAGAUUCAAAGCAGUGACAGCUUUGAGAGAACAUUUUAUAAAGCUGGCAAAGUCAUAAUAAUAAUCUUUUAUAUGAUUUGUCUUCAUUUUUAUAGAAUUAUGAAUCCGAUUAUUAUUUUUUACUCAUUUAUUAAUGGGAGAUGCAUAUAAUUUAAACUUUUGUGGCUCACCUUGUUGAAAACUAGAGUGAGCUAUUACCAUCUAUCCUGGUCAUCCUUGUCAUUGUCCAUCAUAAAAGCUUUUUUUUAAAUCCUACUCUGAAAACUCAAUGCCAUUGAAACCUAUCUUGACCCUCAUCCAUUUGGAGGCUAGUUUCAAAAGGAUGUGUGAUGUUCCUAUCAUUCAACCAAUAUAGCUGCUUACAGAAGGUAGAGUAUAGGGGUAAAUUAUGCAAAAUUUUACAUUUCAACACUAACAUAUUAAGCUUUAAAAAGGAGAGGGUUUAGAUCUUUAAAAAAAAUAGUCUAAAAACCUGACCAAAUGGCCUUUGUCAGGAAUCUUGUUAGUAGUUGUCUCUUGUAAUAUCUAAAUGAUUUUUAGGCUUUUGGGAAAUUUGAUGAUGUUUGCAGAUCUUUGAUAGGCUCUGUUAAAUUUAUACACAAGAUUUUUCAGACUCUUGGGAAUUUUAUGAAACUCAUACACAAUGCUAAGAACCACAACACGCAGACAGAGUUCCAAUUUGGGCAGUGAGUCAUUUACCGUUCUAGAGUUAUGCCCCUUUUAAACUUGGAAAAUUGCAAAGCUUAAGCAGGGGCAUUCUUGUCCUCAGACACAUUCUUCUUUUAUUUUAUUUAUGAUUUGGAAACAGUAGGCAACACAUGUCUUACUUGGUAGACUCACACAAAGUUUAAUAAGAAGUUAUAAAUAACAGGUGAAUUCUUACUACUUAUUCCAGCUAUUGCCCAAAAAAGCAUCUUAAUAAAGAGGUAAUGUUAAUGAGA